AUGGAUGAUGAUACACUGCUGUAUGCCUCCGAUGGUGGCGAUUAUGUCACUGUGAUUCCGAUCAAUGGCGGCGAGAUCAGCCUGCCUGAACGAUCAUUUGUUUCGCCCGGUGACCCAAAUAAUUCGGUAACAGUUCCGUCGCUGAGCUUCCUGAUAACUCAUCCCGGCGCCAAGGGUCAAGACCGGCCCAGAAACUUUCUCUUUGACCUAGGGCUCCGCGCCCGACUGCAAAAUUAUACAAAGGAGAACCAAUCACACCUACAAUCGCGCAUACCUUACCGACUUGGCCCUGGAGUCGCUCAAUUGCUGCGUCAAGGUGGUCUGGAUCCAGCUGAAAUUGACACUGUGAUCCUCAGUCAUGUCCACUACGAUCACCAUGGUGAUCCAGCAGACUUUCCCAAUGCACAGUUCCUUCUUGGAUCUGGUUCCCUUUCUCUGAUUCACCAAGGGCUUGGGACCAGUGCUUCACAUCAAUUCUUUGAUCCGAACCUGUUCCGCGACGUUUCACGAGUGAGUGAGCUCCCAGAGCCCCAGAAGGCCCCAUGGAAACGUCUUGCGCCGUUUGAAGCAACAUUCGAUUUAAUGAAAGAUGGCUCCAUCUUUAUUGCUGAUGCCCCGGGCCAUCUUCCGGGACAUAUCAAUCUCCUUUGUCGAACUGGACCCCGAGAGUGGGUCUACUUAGGAGGUGAUAGUUGCCAUGAUAUACGACUAUUAAGUGGAGAGCGUGACAUUGCAACCUGGCAGGAUAUGCAUGGACAAGAGACCUGCAUUCAUAUGGAUAAGGUACUAGCGGAGGAUACUAUUUCUCGAAUCCGGAAACUGCAAGAGAUGAACGACUUAAAGGUGGAAGUUGUCAUGGCGCAUGAUGUGCAGUGGUGGGAGAAGAAUAAGCAUCGAGCGUUUCCGGCAUCAUUUCGGUAA